AUGAUGGGCAUCUACAUUUCCGGUGGUGUUUCCGGUGCACACCUGAAUCCAGCCAUCACUAUAAUGCUUUGGUUCUACCGUGGCUUCCCCAAGAGCAAGAUGCCUGAGUAUUUCGCGGCGCAGUUUGUUGCCGCCUUUUGUGCCGGUCUCACGGCGUAUGGUCUCUACUAUCACUCGAUCGAGUACUACAUCAGCACGAACGCGGACACCGCGAUCAUCAACAGCUUUGUCACUAAUCAGCGUGAAGCUUGGAUAGGUCCUGCGACGGCUUUCUUCACCGAGUUCUUGGGAACGUGCUUCCUCGCCGUCACAAUCUUGGCUCUGGGUGAUGAUCAGAAUGCUCCGCCUGGCGCUGGUAUGAGCUCGCUGAUCAUGGGUCUUGUCAUUACAUGUCUGACGAUGACUUUCGCCUACCAAACCGGUGCUGCAUUUAACCCCAGUCGCGAUUUUGGACCCCGCCUCGCACUUCUUGCGCUCGGUUACAGCAAUGAUAUGUUUCUCAACCCGUACUGGUUCUACGGACCCUGGGUGGGCGCAACCAGUGGGGCUUUCAUGGGAGGUUUCUUGUACGAUUUCAUGAUAUUUACUGGCGGAGAAUCCCCCGUCAACUAUCCCCUGGAGCGAACCCAGCGGGCAAUGAAGAAAAGUCGCAUGAAGUGGAGGCGUCGCCUGCGUCUCACGAAGCGAGAGCCGAAGAACGUGCCUGUUGCCUGA